CCGGAUGUUUAGCCACUAAGAUCCCAGGCACGUUUCGAAGUAAUUUCUUUGCUGUUAAAAUGUAGGUUUUUAAAUUUUGCUGUCAACUAUAUAGAGACAUAAUAUAUAGAGACAUAAUGCAAAAGAGCUGGGCUGAGGAAUGCUUGGUCGUUAUUUCACUCAGUUACACUGGAUUUUUAAUGGACCAAUUUAUCUGAAGAUUCUGAUGGUGUAUCGUCCCGCCACUGUAAUCCAGACAAAAGACAGUCAAACGAAAACAUCUCUAUUUAAACAAAUAUAACCGAGAGGAAGACGUCUAAAGGUUAUUAUUUUUCUUCAGCUGCUCACAAUGUCUUUAGCUGGAGCGCUGUGGUUUGCUGUCCAGGAUGAUUUAUUCGCAAACGGACUGUGUAGCAGCUCCCCAUCGUCCAGCAUCAGCAACACAACACAAGAGCAGCAGUCCAGCGUCAGUGAGCCCAUCCCUGCCUCCGAGACACGCGGUGUCCUGGACGAACUGGAUGAUCUCUUUAUUUCUCAGACUUUACAUUUCAAUCGACAGUGUUUACGGUUCAUCAUCGAUUUCAUCCAGGCCCGUAUGAAGAAGGACGUGUUUGUGUCCGGCCACAGCCUGACCUCCGCAGAAGCCAACAUUCUGGCCACGCUUGCCUGCUACGCACAAGGGUCUCUUUCCAGUAAAAUCACCGAGCGGCUGGGAAUAGAUCCGACAGCAGCGGGCGAAGCGGUGAAGACCAUUACUAAACUCUUAGCAGACACGAGUCCCGAUUUCAUCACUUUCCCGAACAGCUACAACGACCGCAUGGGUGCCGCUCAAGCCUUUAAGAACCUGAGCGGCGUCCCGCAUGUGGUGGGAGUGCUGGGGUAUCUGCACGUGAAGGUGAGCCCUCCGCCUGGGGAGGAGCACAUGUAUAUGAACACCCUGGGCUAUCAUUCAGUCAUGAUGCAGGUCAUAUUCGAUGUAGACGGGAAUCUGUUGAGUCUGGAGCAGUGCUGUCCCGGAGGAACCCCUGAACACACGAUUUGGGAGAACUCGGACAUUGGCAGACAGUUCAGCAUCUUUCAACACGGUCACACUUGGGUUGUUGGUAGCAGAAGUCUGCAUGGUUGUGGCCAUGUGUUGACACCAGUCGAGGCUUCUCGCAUCAAAAGCAAUGCAGCCCUGCGAUUUAACAAUGCACAUGCUCAGCUACAUGGCCGUACACAGCAGGUCUUUGGAAGUUUGAAAAGCCGUUUCCAGUGCCUGCGUGACAUCGGCUCCAUUCAGUCAUCUGAAUCAGUGGCAUAUACCAUCAAAGCCUGCUGUGUUCUGCACAACAUCUGCAAGAAGUUUUCCGUGCCGUUACCCUUGGAUUUUAGUGUAGAGCCGCUCCAUCCACCAUCAGAGGUGGUGAACAUCAUGGCAGAGCAGCCGUUUGACUACAUGGAAGACACUAAAGAUGAAAUGAUAGAAAUGUUUUUUAAUAUUGCAGGGGAUGAAGGCAAAUAAGAGGUGAACCAGAUGUAAAAC